AUGCAGUUGAAGAACAUCCUCGCCGUCUUUGCCGCCCUCAACCUCGUCACCGCCGCCCCGACCCCCGACGAGGACGACCUCGAAUUCAUCGACGGUCCCGAGGGAAGUGCCGAUGAGUUUGAUAUCGUGAAGCGAGGCCAGGCCACUUUCUACUGCAAAGGGGCUGUCGUCAAUAGCAAGGAUAAAGGUGGCGUGGCCGGGACCAAAUGCGGGCUGUCGUAUGACUAUGGCUGCACCAACCUCGUGUGCUACAGUGGCAAGUAUAUCGCCUGGCCAGCUCCAAAAUAUGGCAAGUGGGAUUCCUACAUCGUCUGCAGCUAG